AUGACCGAUGAUGUUGAUGGAGCUUUAUCAAAAUGGAAAAUAAGUGGAGGGAAAAAGAAUACAGUGACAUUGGUUCACUCUAAUACUCCUGGAACAAUUUCUCCAAUUGAAGAAGGAAGUUCUUCAAAUUCACAGGGUAAAAGCAUUACAUUAUCACCUGUUUUUGAUGAGUCUGUUGGAGUGCCAAUAAGAAAGGCACGAUCAAGUUCAACAUCAAGUUCAUUAACAAUGCCAGAAUUUGCACUAGAAACUCCUGGGUCACAUACAUCAGUAUUUAUUCUUCCAACUCAACCUGCACUAAAACCAAAAAGAAAAAGAGGAAGAUCAGUUGCUGAAAUUUCACAAGAACCAACAAAUUAUAAUGCAAUACAAGCAGCAAUUUCUUCUACAUUAAGCGAAAGUACUUCAUUGUCAAGAAAACAUUCAAGAAGAGGUUCUAUUUCAAGAGUUUUUUCUCGUUCUACUUCACGAAGAUCAUCACCAGAACAUCAAAACUUUAGUGCUGAUGAAUUAAAUUUAAUGAAAAAAAUAUUAUUAUCACUUUUUGAAUAUUCUUCACCACCUGUUAUUCCUACUAAUCCUCCAAUUGCUACUCCAAGUAAACAUUUAGUUAUUGACUUUACACAGUGGUGUGAUUUUCUCGAAUUUUCACCUGUUUCUUCUGUUUCAGAUUUAUGGAGUUCUCUUAUUACACCAACUGAAAAAUAUCUUCAUUCAACUCCAACAAAUGCAGAAAUUGUUCAAGGAUUUAAUUAUGAAACAGGUCCAUUAUCUGUUACACAUUUAACAAAUUUAAAUGACUUUUCAAUAUUAAAUGUAGAUGAAGACUUUCCAUAUUAUGAACAUUUCUUCUAUAGAAAUAAUUCAGUUAAACAUUACUUUGAUAAAACAAAUAAUCAAAUUGUUUCAUGUAUUAAAGAUAGUAAAUAUAUGAGAACUAUUGUUCGUUCAGAAGCUGGUAUUUAUAGGUGUAUUAUUAUUUCUGAAGAUUCAGCAUUAAAAUGUGAAGAAGUAUUUCACAAUUCUAAUCAAGUUACUAGAGUAGCAAAUCAUACUGAAGUAGAUGAUGAUUUACUUCAUUUUCAUCAAAGUGCUAUUAUAUCAAAAUAUAGAUUUGGUGUUGUUUAUGCUGGUCCAGGACAAUCUUCAGAAAAUGAAAUUUUUGCAAAUAAUGAACCAUCACAAGCAUUCUGGAAAUUUAUGAAUUUAAUUGCUUCUAAAGUAACACUUGAAGGAUAUCAAAAUUAUUCAGGUGGAUUAGAUACUCACACUAAUGUUACAGGAAAAGAAAGUUAUGCUACUCAAUAUGAUAACUAUGAUUGUAUGUUUCAUGUUGCACCAUUAAUACCUUGUAAUAAUAAUGAUGAACAAUCACUAGAACGUAAAAGAUUUGUUGGAAAUGAUGUUGUGGUUGUAGUAUUUAAAGAACAACUUAAUAAAGAUGAUUUAUUUAAACCAGAAACAAUGACCUCACAUUUUACACAUGUUUAUAUAGUUGUUACUCCUUCAAUAACUACAAAUAAUAAUAAUUCAUAUAAAAUUUCUGUUGUGUCUAAAGAUUGUGUUCAACCAUUUCCUCCUUUCUUAGUUCCAUCUCAUACUCAACCUAUUCUACCUGUUUUAGCUCAUGGCCCUCAAGCAAGGCAAUUCUUUAUGCAAAAAAUUAUUAAUGCAGAAAGAACUGCUUUAAAAUCAAAAACAUUUGCUGCAAAUAGUAAAAGAGUUCUUCAAUCCCAAAUUAAUCAUUUAAUGGAAAAAUAUGCAUGA